AUGAAUAUAAGCACCGAUCAAUCUUCUCUUCUAGCCUUGAAAGCCCGCAUCACUUCAGAUCCUAAUCGCAUUCUUUCCACAAACUGGUCAUCUUCAACUUCAGUUUGUAACUGGAUUGGGAUCACUUGUGGCUCUCGUCACCGACGAAUUACUGCACUGAAUAUUUCAGGUAUGGGACUUAUUGGUACCCUCCCGCCACAAAUUGGCAACCUCUCUUUUCUUGUUUCACUUGAUUUAAACAGCAACAAUCUCUACGGUGAACUUCCGCCAGAAUUUUCUCGUUUACGAAAAUUGAGAGUCAUUGAUCUUAGUGUCAACCGAUUCUUCGGAUAUAUUCCUUCAUUUUGGGGUAAUUUUAAAGACCUUCGAAAGCUGUCUAUUGAAACAAAUGAUUUCAAAGGGUUCAUCCCCAAUUCUAUCUCAAACUUGAAGAAUCUUAGAUUCUUGAGUAUGAAGUUCAACCAUUUGGAAGGAAAUAUUCCUAUAGAAAUAGCAACUCUUCAGGGAUUGAAAGUUCUAUCCUUGGGGUACAAUUCACUCAAUGGGUCCAAUGUGCUUGCAUUCUUAAACAUCUCAUCAUUGGAGAAUUUGGAUCUGGAAAAUGCUGGUUUAACUGGUGCUCUUCCAUCUGAUUUGUGUCGUCGCCUUCCAAGAUUGCAAAAGCUUAACCUUAACUUAAACUUGUUAAAUGGAGAGAUACCAAGAAGCAUAGUUGAAUGCUCGGAACUUCAACUCCUGUUGUUGAUGCAAAAUAACUUGGUUGGAACAAUUCCAAGAGAACUAGGCAACUUACAGCUGCUGCAAAAUUUGGAUCUUGGAAAAAACAGGUUAGAAGUUGAUAGCUGUGCUGCAUUUCAUACAAAAGGUUUAAAUUACAUCACACGGAUAGAUCCUAUCUACCAGAAAGAGUGA